AUGGUUGCUUCAUAUAAAACUGGGGGGUAUGCUGUGCGGCUUUCAUUUGUUCGUGUUCCAGGAAAUGGAACUGCCAAAGUAGCGGCGAAGAAAUCAAAGUCUUUAUGCUGGGAUCUUGCACGUUCCUCAACAGUUGCUGCAGCUAUCACAGUUGAACCAAUGGAUUAUGAAGAAGAUGAAGUAGAAGUAAGUGAUGGAGAUCAAGAUGGUGAUAAUAAAGAUGAUAGUAAUGAUGAAGGAGACGACGAUAUAGAAAAGAUAGAUUCUAUUAAAGAAGGUAUGGUGGAAAAUGUAGAUUCUAGUAGUAAAGAAGCUGGUGGUGAAGAAGAAGAAAUAGAUUCUGAAGAUGGUAAAGAAGUAAUAGAUUCUAGUAAUAAAGGAGAUAUAGUUUCUAGCAGUGAAAAAGGUGGUGGUGGUGAAGAAGAAGAAAUAGAUUCUGAAGAUGGUAAAGAAGUAAUAGAUUCUAGUAAUAUAGUUUCUAGCAGUGAAAAAGGUGGUGGUGGUGAAGAAGAAGAAAUAGAUUCUGAAGAUGGUAAAGAAGUAAUAGAUUCUAGUAAUAAAGGAGAUAUAGUUUCUAGCAGUGAAAAAGAUGGUAAAGAAGUAAUAGAUUCUAGUAAUAAAGGAAGUGAAAAAGAUGGUGAUAAACGAGAUAUAGAUUCCAGUAGAAAAGAAGAAACAAUUAUUGAUUCUGACAUAGAAGAAGUAAAAUUAGAAGAUUCUAGUGUCGGUGUCAAUAAUGUAAGAAUAUGCAGAAAAAGAAGAUUUGUAUCAGGAAGAGGAGGAGGAGGAGGAAGAAGUAAUGAUGAAAAUGGUAAAGGCAAUAAUAAUGAAAGCAGAACUACAGUUUUUGAGAGAAAAGCAGUAAAAGAAGAGCAACUUUCUGGUAAUGGAGAAGAUGGUAUACUAAGAAGGAACAAAAGAACAUUGAUUUCAUCAUAA